AAUCAAAAUAAAAAAGCAAAACCUUUACGCUAUAUAACGUAGUCUACUUAACUGUGUUCCAACAGUCUCAACUCAACUGUCCAAGCAAGCAAGUCCCGAAUAAUGCAGCUCAACGUUAGUAAAUUCGCAAUCGUUCAAACUUUGGCCUUCUCGCUGCUUUUGUUGUUGUGCCCAGCGUGGGCCGCGUUAUAUCGCGACAACGAAGACGCAGAUGAUGCUCAACAUCCUCGUCUGCGGCAGUCACGCGAUUACGUCGAGUUAAAAGAGGAGCUGGACAGCAGCUACUGGCAUGAUAAGGCACAGUCCAUAUUGGCCGAUAAGCUGCGCCAGCAGCAGCAGCUGAACGAGCAGCGGGCGAAGAACAUAAUUUUAUUCUUGGGCGAUGGCAUGUCCGUGCACACGAUAGCGGCGACGCGUGCGUUUAUGGGCGACAGCAGUCGACAGGUGUACUUCGAGCGAUUCCCCUAUGUGGGGCUGUCCAAGACGUACAGCGUGGAUGAGCGCACGCCGGACUCGGCGGCUACAGCGACGGCUUACUUGAGUGGAGUGAAGGGCAACUACGGCACCAUUGGCGUCAAUGCGCAGGUGCAGCGCAAACAUUGCCUGGCGGCCACCAAUCCCAACACGCAUACGCAGAGCAUAGCGCAGUGGGCGCAGCAGGCGGGCAAGUGGGCGGGACUGGUGACGACAGCGCGUGUAACACACGCUUCACCCGCUGGCGUCUAUGCGCAUACAGCGAAUCGCAACUGGGAGUACGACAGCCAGAUCACCAAGGACAACUGCAGCGCUGAGGCGAACGUGGACAUAGCACGCCAGCUGGUGGAGUGGCCAGUGGGUCAGCAGCUGCGUGUGGUGCUGGGCGGUGGACGCGCCAAUUUUCGCUCGCGCCAGCUGCGCGAUGAGCAGGGCAUUGCAGGCAAGCGCAAGGACUCACGCGAUCUGAUCAAGCAGUGGCGUGAGCAAAAAUCGCAACUUGGAGCUGCCGGUCAGUACGUUUGGUCACGCAAGGGUCUGCUCGAUACGGAUCUGAGCAAGACCGAUUAUCUGCUGGGACUAUUCAAUGUCGAUCAUUGUCCGUAUCAUGGCGAUCUUAAGCGCGAUCGCUUGAGCCUCGCCUCGCCCUCGCUAACUGAGAUGACUGAAGCGGCCAUUAAACUGCUCAGUCGCAAUAAACAGGGAUUCUUUCUGUUUGUUGAGGGAGCACGCAUUGAUAUGGCUCAUCAUGAUACCAAAGCACGCAAGGCACUCGAGGAUACGCAGGAGUUUGCGCGUGCUGUUGAGCUGGCGCGCAAUUUGACAUCCGAGCAGGACACACUCAUAGUCGUUACCUCAGAUCACUCGCAUACCAUGUCCUACAAUGGCUAUCCCCAACGUCGCCAAGACAUUUUCUCGCUUGCUCCCAAUUUGGCCACAGAUGAGAAGCCCAUGACCAUUCUCUCCUAUGCCAAUGGACCUGGCUAUAAAAAUACCUACGAUGCUGCUGGUCGCACGGAUUUGUCCAAGCGCAAUCUUAGCUCUGCUGACUUUGAAUUCCCUGCCACAGUGCCCCUCAAUUCGGAGACUCAUGGCGCUGAGGACGUCGCUGUGUUUGCCUCUGGGCCCUAUGAGCAUUUCUUUGUGGGCAACUAUGAGCAGACAACUAUUCCAGCGCUAAUGGCGUUUGCCGCCAACAUAGGUCCUUUCGCGGAAGAAAAUAUAAACAAAUAA